AUGAGACUCGACAAGAAGUACGUCUACUUCGAGGCCACGAAACCCCCAAAACGACCGCCGAGACGACAAAAGACGAAUCUGGUGCGGAAUCGACUCACCGCUGAGGACAAAAAACAGCUCAAAUAUUCCCAGUUCGAGCCUUUAUACGAAUUAUGGUGCAAGUACUUCGGGGAAAUGGCGCCCGCAGAUCGACAGAUCGACGAAAAACUUCUCAAGGCUGACUUUCACGGCGCUUUACUUAUGAUCACAGAAGCUGAUAAUAAAUGCCAGGUGGGAAUCGCGGGAAUCGUUGUUUUGGAAACACGAUACACGAUGCAACUUAUCACGAGAGAAGAUAAAUUCCUUAUCAUCCCAAAACAAGGCACGGUGUUUCAAUUUAUCUUGGAGGGACGUGUGUUCUCUCUAUUCGGCGAUCAAAUGCGACAACGAGCCGAGUUGAGAGGAAGAAAAGCUCGUCUACGCAAAGCGCUACCAAUUUUUCUAAGG